AUGGCCAAUGGCAAAGCUCUCGCAGGAUCUUGGUGUAAAUUUAUUGAAAUGAUGUUCGGAGCGGCUGCAGACUGGGCAGAGGUCCCCUCCUUCUAUCUCUCGGCUGGAGACCCUCUGCUUGGGUCCCUGGUUCCGUCCUGCUGGUCUCCCAAUCAACACGAAUCACUCGCCCCGCGCCACGUCCCUCACAGCGUGCCCAUCACCGUUCUGGCGAUCGGCAUCACCAUCGUCCAUCAGCGCUCCUCAUCCCCCACCAUCUCAACAGCUCUCUCAUUCUCCGUCACGCUCAGCGGAUCCUCUCUCCCUCUCUUCUCUCGUCCCAACCUCGUCACUCACCCCCUCCCCCACCGUCCAACGGCCGCUCUGGUCAUCAUCAGCAGACGCAGGCGCCAUCCUCCAAAGAUCUCUCUCAUUCUCCUGGUCCACCUCCCCAUCACUCUCAUCGCCAUCCUCCUUCUACACCACAACAGUCUCCCACAAAUCUCUCAGAAAAUGUCCCACCCCGUUCUUCCCAACAUCUCACCCCCACCGCCUCUCAAUCUCGCGACGCCCACCCUCCACGCGGCCGUCCGCAGUCAAUCCUCCUCACCUACAUCACUCUACUCCGACUACCCUCCCUUCGCAACUCCCCCCGCCGCCAAAUGUCCUCUCUCCCAGAGGCGCUCACCCCGUCCUCUCCAAGGGCCCGAGCCCUCCACUCCAUCCACUUCCCAUCGAUCAAACCACCUCCCUCGGAACCUCCCGCUCUCACUCUCAACCACAACUCACCACGGCACCGACCUCCACCCAGCCCGCCUCCCUCAGUAUCUCUCAGCCGGCACUCUAUCCGCAAUCGCUAAUCUCUCCUCUAUCUCCAGUUUCUCGUCGCUCGGGACGUUACGCUUCCGACCACUCCUAACUCCCUAUCCUCCCUCCUCGUCAAACAUCAAACCGCUUCUCUCUAGUCGUACUCUCCGAGCUCCAUCCUCUGCCUUCUCGUCACCCUCUGCCGUGGUCGCUCCACGAGUCCACCCCCAAGGCCCCCCAAGCGCCCCCUCCAUCCGGAAAGUCCUCACACAAACUCAUCUCUCGUCCCCCUCCCGAGACUGCACAACCCGUCUCAAUCACCCCUCACCCUAUGACCUCUCCACGCACUCUCAAACAUCGGCUCUCUGUCUCAACACUCGUCUCCGAACUCUCUCUGCUCUGCGGAGGGCUCUCCACCGCAGCACCGCCCCACCCCCCUCAGGCUCUCAUCUCGGCACCACCCAGUGCAGGUCUGGUCUCUCGCACCCUCCAAUCGGGUCUUCUCUCGCUCCUCGGAAUAUCGACACCAAGAAGCCUCUCAAACAAUCGCGUCCGCCUGGAAACUCUUCCCGCUCCAUCUCUCGUCACCCUCCGCACACCCUCACUCGUCCAGGCCAGCUAUAUCACCAAUCCCCCCAGACCCCAACCCAACCGUCAGUCUCCACCUCUCCAACUCCUCGCUCACACAUCAACUGCCCCUCCGUCACAAACCCUACUCGCUCCAAAUUCUCACCUAUAGGUGGCUACCCUUCCCACUCCCCCGCUCUACCCGUCUGGGUCUCCUCACUUUCGGGGCCCGUCCAUCGGUACCCCCGCGCUCAACGUCGCAUUCCCUCCUCGGCAGCCCCCCAGGGGGCUCCUCAUAAACGAACAGAGAAUGCCUCGUCUGUCAACGACAACUUCCACUUCGUCUCUGAUCCUCAAUCUCUCAGCUCGCGUGGGUACUCAAAUCCUCAUCCCAAGAGGAAAAAGCACGCUACAACUCCUCAUUCCCGACGCCUCAAAUCCCGUCUCCUCCCCUACUACACUCUCCUCAUGAGAGAGGGGGAGGAGGGGGGAGACGGGGGGGAGGAGGGGGGAGACGGGGGUCCGGGGGGGUUCAGGGGGGGGGGGACACUUGAAGACGACAGGCGAGCUGAAGGGGCCCCUUGA